AUAUCUUGGACUUUCAUUCCACCUUUGCUUGCUCUUCACCACUUGUGAGGUCAGCAGGAUUUUCAUUUCAGUGUUGUUUUCCAUCUCCUCUUUCUCCUUUUAGCUUCUGCCAGCCCUUGAGGAGGCUGUUGUGUGGUUCUCUGAGAAGAAGUGGAGUGCCCUGGUGGGCUUGGUGUGUAGAAGAUACAGUGGAGACUGGUGAGAACAUGGCACCCAGAAAUCAGUAGAAGAAACACAAGAAGCCAGCUGUAACAAAGCCUGGUGCGGAAAAACAGGUGUCUGGAAAGCAAAAGAGAACGAAAACAGGGGAGAAGCCAUAUAAAUGCAUGGAAUGUGGAAAGGGCUUCAGCCAGAAAGCAAGUCUACGUGUACAUCAAAGAAUACACACAGGAGAGAAGCCAUACGAAUGCAUGGAAUGUGGGAAGAGCUUCAGCGAUGGUGGAUCAUGUCGUAAACAUCUAAGAGGUCACACAGGAGAGAAACCAUAUAAAUGUAUAGAAUGUGGAAAGAGCUUUGGUGACCGUACACAACUUUGUACACAUCAAAGAACACACACAGGGGAGAAACCAUACAAAUGCAUGGAAUGUGGAAAGAGCUUCACUCAGAAAGCAGGUCUACAGGUACAUCAAAGAACACACACAAGAGAGAAGCCAUAUGAAUGCAUGGAAUGUGGAAGGAGCUUCAGUUGCAGUGGAAGUCUACGUUCCCAUCAAAGAACCCACACAGGAGAGAAACCCUAUGAAUGCAUGGAAUGUGGAAAGGGCUUCAGUCAGAAUGCAAAUCUACGUACACAUCAAAGAACACACACAGGAGAGAAGCCACACGAAUGCAUGGAAUGUGGAAGGAGCUUCAGUUGCAGUGGACAUCUACGUUUGCACCAAAGAACCCACACAGGAGAAAAACCCUUUGAAUGCAUGGAAUGUGGAAAGAGCUUCAGUGAUAGGAGAGGAUAUAAUCGACAUCAAAGGAUUCACUCAGGUGAGAAGCCGUACAAAUGCAUGGAAUGCGAUAAAACCUUCGGGUCCAGUUCAAAUCUACUGACACAUCAAAAAAAUCACAGAGGAGAGAAGCCAUACAAAUGCAUGGUGUGUGGAAAGGGCUUCAGUAAGACUGAUCAUCUGCGCGUGCAUGAAAGAACGCAUUCCGGAGACAAACCCUAUAAAUGCACGGAAUGUGGAAAGAGCUUCAGUCAGAUGGCAAAUCUACGUGUCCAUGAAAGGACACACACAGGGGAGAGACCAUACAAAUGCACAGUAUGUGGAAUGGGCUUCUGUGAUAAAGGCUCAUGUAAUAAACAUCUAAGGACCCACACAGGGGAGAAACCAUAUGAAUGCGUGGAAUGUGGAAAGAGUUUCAGUUGCAGUUCUAAUCUACGUACACAUCAAAGAACCCACACAGGGGAGAAACCGCAUGAAUGCAAGGAAUGCGGAAAGAGCUUCCCUACUAGUAGCAGUUUGCAGUCGCAUCAAAGAACCCACACUGGGGAGAAACCUUAUGAAUGCAUGGAGUGUGGAAAGAGCUUCUCUCAUCGUCUACGUAGACAUCAAAGAACCCACACUGGGGAGAAACCUUAUGAAUGCAUGGAGUGUGGAAAGAGCUUCAGUUGCAGUGGAAGUCUACAUUCCCAUCAAAGAAUCCACACAGGAGAGAAACCAUAUCAAUGCCUGGAAUGUGGGAAGAGUUUCAGGAAAAGCGGACAUUUGCAAACUCAUCAUAGGACCCACACAGGGGAAAAACCAUAUCAAUGCCUGGAAUGUGGAAAGAGCUUCAGGGACAGCGGACAUUUGCAUUCCCAUCGUAGGACCCACACAGGGGAAAAACCAUAUGAAUGCAUGGAAUGUGGAAAGAGCUUCAGGGACAGCGGACAUUUACGUGCCCAUCAUAAGACCCACAUGAGAAAAACCAUAUAAAUGCAUGGAAUGUGGAGAGGUCGUCAACAAAAGUUGCUCAUAUAAUAAAUAUCUAAGGACUCACAUAGUUGGGACCAUGUGAAUGCAUAGAAUGUGGAAUGAAAUUCCUUGGAAAUAUUUGUUCACUUCCUAGUUCAUGCCACUUUUUCCCAGCACCCGGAAUUUAAGGUCUGGCGGAGUGUUGAAAUCCUUCAAAUAUCCUUAAAAUGGCAGAUCAGUUUCUUCUGUUCCUUAUAUUAGGCAAAUGUUCCUCCAGUAAGUCUCUUUAGAGUUCUUGAUAUAAAGUUCAAUAAAGUUUUGCUAUGGAAAUGUAAUAAAAUAAACAAAGAAGGAAACCUUUGGGAACAACAUGGUUUUAGAUCUUGUGCAUAUGUAGGAAGGUCCUUUUAUUAAUUUGUGCUGUCACGCUCUGGGCCUAUAGCAGUUGGCUUUUGAACAGGACGUGCUUUUUGUGCCCAGCGGGAAGCCGGGGUGCCUCGACUGAGAGGCCCUAAGGAUUUUCCUAUACAGUGUCUUUAGAAGCUUGAAAGAUUUAACAAAGUCCUUUAUUAUUGCUUAAGUCUUCAACAAACAAUCAAAUACUUCUCAGAUCUUCAACAAAUUAAACAAAUGCUUCAAGGCCUUGAAUCAAC